GAUGACCCAGCCCAUAACUCAAACGCUCUAUCAACGGGAAGGAGAAAGUACCCUGUACAUGGACCAUGAUUUCACCAUUGCUCUGCAAAUAGUUCCCCCCGUUUCCGUUUCUAAAGCAGAUGAGAACACAACAGCAGAGCUGCCCCAGAACCAGGGUUUCACCAGGGACCAGACCCUUUUUUUGAUUGACCUGAUGCGCCAACAUCUAAUGAAAGAUGACAAUGAACUUCCUCGGAACCUCGCUGAACUAAACUCCAGGAUCAAAAUGUCCAGGGGGAAGAAGCGAUCUUUCUGGCAGGAAAUUGCGGUGAAGUUGACAAGUCAGUUCAACCAGAAUUUUGACGUAGACAAGGUGUCCAGAAAGUGGACCACCCUGGAAGAUGGAUACAAGAAGGCAGUAGACAACAAUGCAUCCACAGGGAAAGGUCCUACCAAGUUCCAGUUUUUAAAAGAAAUGUUGGAACUUAUUGGGGGGCAUCAUGACGUUGAUUUUCCGGUAAUCGGGACAGCAAAGGGAUUUACUGUUAGGCGGCCAGAGGCCAUAAAGCAACCUUUGACAAUCGGCAACUCUUCUACUGAGAAAAUACAAAAAAUAUAUGUUCAAAUAAUAUAAUACGUUGAAAUUAAACAACAUGUUCUGAGUUGUUGUGGAAAAAUAGUUGUUAAAUUAAACGAUUAUAAAGAACCA